CAGAUGGCGAACCAUGUCCGUCUAGUGUCGCCAGCACGCCGUGUCGCAAUAUCCGGAGCGCGAGGGAAAGAAGAGGAAAGCAGAAGGGCUCUGAGUAGUUGCAAGAGCGACGCGCGGCUGCAAGGGUUGAGGUUUGUGCAGAAGAAUAUAAUCUACCUCUGCACUCAGGAAACUCCGAGAGGUCGUCCGCUGUAUCGUGCUUCGCAUUGCUCCUGUAAAAUUUGUCGGGAAACUACACUAAAGACCGAGUAGUGCUAUGCCUAGUGAGGAGACGGCGACGGUGCGCGUGACGGAGGGGCUGCUGCGGGGGCGGCGCGUGGAGUCCCGCGCCGGAGGAGCCUUCUGGAGCUUCCAGGGAGUGCCCUACGCCCGCCCUCCUGUGGGGCCAUUGCGCUUCAAGGAUGCGCAACCACCCGAAGCGUGGCAAGGAGUGCGUGACGCCUUGAAGGACGGAAACAUCUGCACCCAGCCCAGCGAAACCCCUUCGCAGGAGAUCAUCGGGAGCGAGGACUGCCUCUACCUCAACGUGUACUCUCCGCGCUUGCCGCCUCUCAAAACAGACGCGUUGCCCGUCGUCGUGUCGCUGCACGGAGGGGCGUUCAAGUACGGUGAUGCAGGAGUGAACCGCUACGGCCCUGACUACUUGGUGGCGGAGGACGUCGUCCUAGUGACACUCAACUACAGGUUGGGGCCCCUGGGCUUCCUGUUCAUGGAAGACGCAUGCCCUGGCAAUGCAGGACUGAAAGAUCAGGUUGCAGCCCUGCGUUGGGUGAAAGAGAACAUUAAGGCCUUUGGCGGAAACGCUGAAAAUGUCACCUUAAUCGGAAUGAGCGCUGGCGGCGCCUCCGUGCACUUCCAAAUGCUUUCACCCAUGACGAAGGGCCUCUUCCACCGCGCCAUCGCCAUGAGCGGCUCGGCCCUGAGCCCGUGGGCGCAGCAGACGGAGCCGGCAGACACCACCCGCCGCCUGGCGCGCGCCCUCGGCUGCGCCAGCGACGACCCGCACGCCAUCGUCGACUUCCUCAAGGGCGUCGACGACAAGAAACUGCUACGCGUUGCCUACACCACAGACGCGAAAGGAAACUCGCUGAAAUUUGUGCCAUCGGCGGAGGUGGUGGUGAAAGGAGUAGAGACCUUUUUACCUGCCCCUGCAUACGAGUUGAUCAGCGCUGGGCGCCAUCACGAUAUUCCAUUUAUGAUGGGAUUUACUGGAAAAGAAGGUCUUCUUCAGCUCAUAUUUACUGAUGUUCGCAAGCCAGACAUUGCCCAGGAGGUGGAUCGAAAUUUGGAGGAUUUGCUUUUACCUGAAUUGCCUCGCCUCCCCAAGGGUUUUAACAAAGCGGCCGCAAUUAAAGCUUUGCGAGAUUUCUAUCUGAAAGGAAAACCCAUCUCCAGAGACACCCUGCAGGCAUUCGUUGAUAUGAUGUCUGACAUUAAUUUCUGUGAAGGGAUUACAUAUUCUUUGAACUGUAUGGCAAAACAUCACACCGCACCUCUCUAUCACUACGUCUUCACUGUUGAUGAUGUUUUGAAUUAUAUGAAAUUCCUAACCCAUCUGAACGAGAAAGGAGCUUGCCAUGGCGAUGAUUUAGCAUAUGUGUUCGACACAGCUGCCUUCCCAGCAAAGUUACCGCCUGAUUCCUCCGCUCUAGUAGCUCGUAAACGCAUGGUUCGCCUUCUGAGUAAUUUUGCAAAGACUGGUGUUCCAUCAUCCAAACAGGACACACAUCUAGGCGUGGAAUGGAAAUCAUAUAAAACUGAUGAAAAGAACUAUCUGGAAAUAGGUUCGUCAUUGAAAAGCGGCACCAACCUCCACGCCGAGCGUGUAGCGUUUUGGGAAAAAUUUUACAAACCUCAUUAGUUAUUCUCACUUCAAAAUCUUUUUUACACUAAUUUCUGUUUGGACAAGCGUAAAAAUUUUCUGUGAACAUCAUUGAAGAGAUUGAUAUCAAUUAUUUUCAAAUUGAGCAGUUAAUACGUAAUUGUGCAUAAUAGAAAUUACUAGACAAUUACAGAAGAUAGGCUCAUAAUUAAUUUAAUAAUAUGUAGACCUCUAUUUUAUAAACUAUGAAAUGAUUUUGGUAAAAGAUAAUUACUCAUAAAAUUUUUAAAACGCAGUUUGUUUGCAGUACCAAAUAGUCCAAAGACUGGAAUAUUAUUGUAACAAAAGGACUUCACUACUAUAGUUUCCUGAUGUUUGUUUUAAUAUCUGUAAAUAUUUAUAUUACGAGUAGAAUAAUACUUUUAAAUAAUACAAUUACAAAAAGAAACACAGUGCUUUGUUCAAAGGGGCAUUUUCUAACAUGUUCAUAUUAAACCUAUUUUGUAUUUUUAAAAUAUUAAUUUUUUUAAAAUUCUCUUUGUUAUAAACGAAAAAGAAUUUGAGUACGACUCAGUAAGUUGUUCUUAUGACUAACAACUUUUUGUAAAUUAACAUGCCCCAGUAUUUUAAUGAAAUGAAUUGCGGCAAAACCUAAAAACUCUGAAACAAAACUAGUUUGUAAAAAGAAAUAUUGUAUUAAAAUAUACACGUAAUGCAAAUUGCCAAUAAACUAUUUUUGGGGAUUCUGUUCCCUUAAAUAUUAAGACUUAUAGGACAAUGAUUCUUAAGUUGAUAGGAUACAAAAUUUAAUAAUUUUGGAUAAACUUUUGUAACUGAUGAAACACACGAAAAUGUUAAAGAAAGAAUUUGCAUGUUGACAACAAGGCACGUCGCUAAGAGCGCUCUUGUGCCGAUUCACCUAAGAUAUAGUGUUAACCUACGACGCGCGUUAAGUGACACAUCGAUGAGCCUUAAUGAAGCUGACGUCAUCAGCGUUAGGUGACGCGCGUCAACACAACGUUCGUGUGAGUGAGGUCAGAGAUAUUUCAAAGAACUAAAAAUAUAUAAAAGUCCGAUGCAUAUUAUGAAGAGAUGUUAACCCUUAAUAAUCCUCCAAGGCAUAAAUUGUAUUAUAUACUAGUUAAAUUAUAAAAAAAGUGAUAUACAGAGACAUAAUGUUGUUUUCAAAAAACAUGUUUUAUAUAUAUUUAUCAACUUUACCGUUUUAAACAAAAAAUUACCUGCGG